AUGAUGCUAGUCGGCUUAGAAGCAAGACCACAGUCAACCGUCGACAGCCAUAUUUGGCCGCAAGAGCACGCGCGACGCUGCAUCCUGUACUGCCUUGGCGAUGCGGAGCCCGCGGGAUAUGCCCAGCUGGCUGCUGGACGAGACUUCCACACGUAUUUCAUCACCCAUCUUCCGUCUUCCUCCCUACAUCCAGACUCCGGGCGAUUUCAUGGGCCGGGCCACAAGCUGCCGCGCGAGGCCUCGGAGCCGCAUACCCCCAGCCCCGGAUCUGCGCCAGCUGUGUCGAUACCAAACAUGCCCAGUCGAGACAUGACAGUUGUGCGAAUCCCCUUGAAGCGAGCCAAGCACCACUUUGGCACUGCCACUGCCCGGGGAAAUCGACCAUACAAUGAAGACGCAGACCAGGCAGGGAUAGUGAACAUGCCUGCGUUUGCAAAGAGGGCACCGACAAGCGUGAAACAGAAGCCAGGAGAGCCAACAGUGGCGGGCACCGCCCUUGGAGACCCCCAGAUAUUCUACUUUGGGGUUUUCGAUGGGCACGGGGGAGCUCAAUGUUCCCAUUUUCUGCGUGAUGAGCUACACGGGUAUAUUGAAGAAGCAGCGGCGGAGUUUGGCUUGCAGAGCAGCUUGCGCAAAAAGAACCCUUGGGAGGUCUCCAGCCGGCUGGUGACUCGCAAACAAGCUCUUAAUGAUGUAGACAUGAAGAGACCUAAUGAGGUGAAGGAGGAUAUCAAGCUUCCAACUCGCGAUGGUGACGAAGGAGUUGUCAAAGCCCCGCGCCAUGGAGAUCCUCUUCCUAGUGCCAAGUCCGAGCCGGUUGAGGUAUCAGAUUAUAAAAAGGCCACCAGCCUGAAGAAGGACCUUGUGCAGGACUAUAGGGCCUCGAUUGGAGGAUACUUUCGCCGUUUUCAACCAGAACACUUUAAUCACGCCGAUGACGGUGACAGCGGCACUAUCUCGAUUGAAGAAGCCCUCGAGUACGCCUUUCUCCGCGCUGACUUGGAUUUCGUUGCCGCCCAGGCUCGAAAAGCCGACCCGGAUGACUCGAGAGUUAGCGACAGGCCCGUGAACAACGACGAGAUAUUGGGUCAGCCUCACGCUACUCCCUCAGGUCACUCUAUUGGUGGCACUACGCGGUUCAAGGGGGGCUCUACUGCAUCGAUUGUGCUCAUCUCAACGCCUACCCCCGCUCCCUUUUGGCAUCCUGGUGCGCAUUCUUCGAUCAUUGUGGCGCAUGUGGGCGAUACCCGUGUGCUCCUGUGUGAUACUGCGACCGGUCUCGCCCAACCCCUGACUUCGGAUCACCAUCCCACCACACCAGGUGAGAGCAGACGUUUACGUAGGUACGCUCCGGCUGGCUCCAUGGUUUCUAACGAUAGCUUCGGAGAGGAACGUAUUGCAGGGCUAGCCAACAGCCGGGCUUUCGGCGACAUCAAGAGCAAGCGCAUAGGCGUCUCUGCAGAGCCGGAAAUCACCAGGGUAGAGCUUGGACCCGCUCAGUACUCCUUCAUAGUCCUCAUGAGCGACGGUGUCUCUGGCACGCUGAGCGACCAAGAGAUUGUGGACGUCAUCAAAGAGGCUAAGACCCCCGAGGAGGGCGCGCGCCGCGUUGUUGACUACGCAACGGAAGUUUCUGACGACGGCGACAAUGCGACGUGCCAGGUCGUGCGGCUAGGGGGCUGGGAGCGUCGUUCUGAAGGUGGCCUGGGCAGUCUGGGGACCAAGGAGUUCAGAGAUGCUCGACGUGCGGAGGCGCAAGACCCACGACGACGACGUGGGAAGCUGUAA